AUGGCUGGUGCGGGAGGUUACGGAGACGCGAACCAAAAGGUAGAUUACGUGUUCAAGGUGGUUCUAAUUGGCGAUUCGGCGGUGGGGAAGUCGCAGAUACUUGCGCGAUUCGCGAGAAAUGAGUUCAGUUUGGAUUCGAAGGCAACAAUCGGCGUCGAGUUCCAAACGCGCACUUUGGUGAUUCAGCACAAGAGCGUCAAGGCUCAGAUCUGGGACACUGCGGGACAAGAACGAUAUAGAGCAGUUACAAGUGCAUACUAUAGGGGCGCUGUCGGGGCAAUGUUGGUUUAUGACAUCACUAAACGUCAAAGCUUUGAUCACAUACCUCGCUGGUUAGAAGAACUGCGUAACCAUGCUGAUAAGAAUAUAGUAAUUAUUCUUAUAGGAAACAAAAGUGAUCUUGAGAAUCAGCGUCAGGUACCCACAGAAGAUGCAAAAGAAUUUGCCGAGAAAGAAGGCUUAUUUUUCUUAGAGACCUCAGCACUGGAAGCAACUAACGUUGAAACAGCUUUCAUGACAGUUUUGACAGAAAUAUUCAACAUUGUCAACAAGAAGAACCUAUCGGCUGCCGAUAGUCAAGGAAAUGGAAACUCAGCAUCUCUGUCUGGCAAAAAGAUUAUUGUUCCUGGUCCUGCUCAAGAAAUCCCCAAGGGGAACAUGUGCUGUCAGUAA